AUGGCAACCCUUCAGGCUUCUGGCAUCAUGGGUUCGUCCAGUUCUUCUUCUUCUUACUAUGAUCGCAGAGAAGGAAUUAUUCGGGCAACCUUAAAUGUUCCGAGGAGAAUGACAGACAUUUCUCUUCCGGGGCUACGGACAAAGGGAAUUGUGGAGGAACUAGAGUUACACAAUUUCACUGAUAGAAAACUCAGCCCUAUUGAUGUUAAUACGUUUAAAAGAAAUGAUAAUAGCGGUCCUGAUCCGUUGGUAAUUGCUAAACUUUAUGCAAUCCUCGAGGCAGUUGCUGAUAGGGUGGAGAUGCACAAGAAUAUUGGGGAGCAAAGAAACAAUUGGAACAGCCUGCUUUUGACAUCCAUCAAUACACUCACUCUUGCGGCGGCAACUAUGACAGGAAUCUCCGCCACGAGUGCGAUAGGUGGUGGUGCUCCGGCGGCGGCAUUAAAGCUUUCUUCCACCGUCAUGUAUCUUUCGGCAACUGGGAUGCUUUCGAUAAUGAACAAGAUUCAGCCAUCUCAGCUUGCGGAGGAACAAAGAAAUGCAGCUAGGUUGUUCAAACAACUUCAUAAUCAGAUUGAAACAAUUAUAGCAAUGGGUAAUCCUACAACUAAUGAUGUGAAGGAAAUGAUGGAAAAAGUGUUGGCUCUUGACAAGGCAUACCCCCUUCCUCUUCUUGGCGCAAUGCUCGAGAAAUUCCCCGCGAAUGUAGAUCCUGCAGUGUGGUGGCCGGAGCAGCGCCGCAGACAGGCGAGAGGCCUCGAUGGGAAGAAAGGCUGGAAUGGUUGGAAUGGGAAGUUGGAGGAGGAAAUGAGAGAAAUAAUUGGUGUUAUAAGAAAGAAAGACAAAGCAGAUUAUCUAAGGUUGGGAAGAAAAGCCUUGAAACUGAACAAAUUUCUAGCCAUUAGCGGUCCUGUGCUAACAGGAUUAGCAGCACUGGGCUCUGCUUUUGUGGGGUCUCCUGAUCACGGCUCUUGGGCGGUGGUGCUCGGAGUUGUUGCAGGUGCUUUAGCAAGCGUAGUAAACACAUUUGAGCACGGUUGGCAAGUCGGAAUGGUGUUCGAGAUGUACCGGAGCAACGCGGGAUUCUUCAAGCUGAUGGAAGAGUCCAUGGAAUCAAACUUGGUGGAAAAUGAUAUGGAAAGAAGAGAAAAUGGAGAAUUGUUUGAAAUGAAGGUGGCGUUGAAGUUGGGAAGGAGCCUAUCGCAGCUUAGAGAUCUUGCAGCUUCUUCCGGCAAAGCAGAGGAGGAAAUUGAGGAGUUUGCAAGCAAGCUUUUCUGA